GAGUGUGUGUGUGAGUGUGUGUGAGUGAGUGUGUGAGACCGUCGUCGUGGGUAACAGCAGUAAGAAUGUGUGACAUCACGGCGCUGGGCGGUAUAAGAGUGAGCGGCCGUCUUCGGACCACAGACGCGUCCUGACACUGAGACAGGACAGACAGGAAACACUGACGCCAAUAAUCAAUACUUUUUAUUGGAGGGAAAACUGAUCGAUUGGAAACAGAUUAAAUUACUGAUCUGAGAAACGAGACGACAGCAGAUUCUGCUUCACUUUGUUUGGAUUUGAGUUUUGUUGUUGGAAUAUUUUUACGUCUUUCUGUAUCAAUGGCCGCUUCAUCUUCCUCCUGCUUCCUGCCCCUCAUCGCCCUCCUUUGCCUCUUCCUCGCCGUCGCCGUGGAGUCGAGACCUUCAUCACGACGGGACGACGCCCAGGUCCUCCAAUCACUGUUCGGCUCUCGCCUGUCCUCGCUCCUUUUGGCCCCUCCCACCCCCAGUGACAUCACAGAGGGCUCAGGCUCAGGCCCCGCCCCCUCAGUUGGGCCUGCUGGCGUGGGAUUGGCUGGCCAGAGACGGGAGGCGGGUAAUGGGUUCCUCCUGGACUUCCUGCGUCAGGCGAAGAUGAAGAGGUGGAACAGGAAGUCCAUGGUGGGAGGAAGAGGAUGCUUCGGGAUGAAGAUGGACCGCAUCGGCUCCAUCAGCGGGCUGGGCUGCUAGCCUGGCAACUGUUACCAUGGUAAUGGCAUCAGCUCCAUCAGCGAGCUGGGCAGCUAGCCUGACAACUGUUACCAUGGUGACCGCUUCUCCACCGAGUCCCAUGGUGCAUCUGUGAUGUUGCCAUGCCAACCACCGUCCUCCAGAACAGAUAUCCGGUUGCCAAGGUUACCUCCAUCCUCUCCUGAACUGAGCA